UUCACACGUGCACUGACUGAUCCAUUUCAUGCAUUUUCAAAAUACAGUAAUUACAGUAUUUGUAAAUUUCAAAGAAAAUGAAAAAAUUCAAUAAAGUCGUGAUUGUAAAACAUCGUUUGAAGAAUAUGAGAGUUGUUAGAGAAUAUUAUUUAAGGAAAGAUAUUAAUUGUCUCAGUCUUGGUUGUAGAAUUUGCCCAAAAAAUAAUAAAUCAGAGAAUGGUAUGAGAAGUUUUUUAUCAUCACAUGAUCAUCACUAUAUUCUACCAUGUUUUGACAUAUUACAAGACUAUUUAGAAUUAUUAGAAAGAUCAACAAUUUCUGGAAUCAUAUUUUUGCAAACUUUAGUUACCAGAAUGCUUCAUGAUGUUAGCAGACAUAAUUAUAACAAAAUUUUGGAAAUUGUACAUGAGCCUAGAAGAGGAAGUAUUAUAUUUCUUAAUGAACUUUAUCAAGAUACACAUUUAUCUCAAGAAAAUACUCAAUCAAAAGAUAUAUAUUUGGCAAAAUGUGUUUACAAAUGUGCUAAAUGGUAUUCUGAACAUUUCAAACAAAGUGUCCCUAUAAUAAUUCUUACUGAAAAUUUAAAAUUACUGAAGGAAUUUGAGGAUAUUAUUCCUGGUUUAUCUGUAAUGAAUAUAGAAGCUUAUUUGCAGCAAUAUUAUAAUCUCUAUUUAGAAUUAUAUGAAUCAAUAAAGUCUUCACCUAGUAUUAAGGAUAACAUAUUAGAAAAUACAAAACUGUAUCCAAAUCAUAUUCCAUCAGAUGCAUUAGAAAAUGGUAUUAAAAAUGGACAAUAUUAUCAUGGCAUUUUAAAAGUAAAUAAAAAUAAUCCACAAGAAGAAGCAUUUAUUAUAUCAUCAAAAUUUGGUGGAGAUAUUUUUAUUUCUGGCAUGAGAUAUCGAAAUAGAGCAAUUCAUGGCGAUGAUGUCGUUGUUAAAUUAUUUGAAAAAGAUAAAUGGAUUUCCAGAACUCCUGAGCAUCAAUGUUACAUUGAUGAUAAAGUAGAUAGUGAUAAAAUAGAAAGAAUUCCAACAGGAGAAGUGGUAGGAAUCCUUCAAAGACAUUGGAGGGAUUAUGUAGCUUGUUUUCCAGAAAAUGGGGAAUAUAACAAAGGAACAAAUUGCAAUGAUAGAAUUUUGGUUAUUCCAUAUGAUCGUCGCAUCCCAAAAAUAAGAAUUGUCACUAAACUAGCAAGUAAACUUCAGACUGAAAGGAUUAUCGUUAGAAUAGAUAAUUGGGAACCAGGUUCACAAUAUCCAAAUGGACAUUUUGUUUCAUCUUUAGGUGAUAUUGGACUAUUAGAAACUGAGAUAGCUACUCUUUUAGUUGAAAAUUCAAUAAGUGUACAGCAGUUUCCAAAAUCAGUGUUAUCUGAUUUACCUAAAGAUAGUUCAGAAAAUCCUUGGCAUGUAGAAGAUACUGAAAUUCAAAAGCGAUUAGACUUAAGAAAUUCACAUUUAAUAUUUAGUAUUGAUCCAAAGGGUUGUACUGAUGUUGAUGAUGCCAUAUCUUUGAAGAUUUUAGAAAAUGAUAAAAUUGAACUUGGAAUCCAUAUUGCUGAUGUUACUCAUUUUAUUAAACCAUCAACUUUACUUGAUUCAGAAGCCAAGAAGAGAGCCACCAGCGUUUAUUUGGUAGAUCGCCGGUUUGAUAUGAUUCCUGAAAUUUUGAGUGGAUAUUUAUGUUCUUUACUAAGAGGGAAAGAUAGAUAUGCUGUUAGUGUCAUUUGCAUAUUGGAUAAUAAUUGUAAUAUUACAGAUUCCUGGUUUGGAAGAACAAUUAUUAAGUCAUCAUAUCAGUUUUGUUAUGAAGAUGCUCAAGAAAUAAUAAAUGGAGUGUCUCCACAAAUCUUAAAGGAGAAUAUAGCUGAAUGGAAAUGUUUAAAUUGUAAUGAACUUCAAGAAAAAUAUGAAGAAAUAAGGUCUAUUCUGUUGAUAUUAACUCAUAUUACAAAAAUAUUAAAGAAAAAAAGGUUAUUAAAUGGUGCUCUGGAGUUAGAUAAUUUAGAAGUUCAAUUUGAAUUUCAAAAUACUGAUUCAAAUUCUAUAGAAAAAUUAACCACAAAAACACAUCUACAAAUCCAUGAAGUAAUUGCAGAAUGUAUGAUUUUUGCUAAUCAUUGGGUUGCAAACAAACUUAUGGAUACAUAUCCCUUGCAAACUCUGUUGCGGCACCAUCCUCCUCCUCUAAAGCAUAAAUUAAAACAAUUAGAACUCUGUGCCUCUUAUAAAGGAUUUACAAUUGAUGCAACUACAAAUAAAACUUUUGCUGAUUCCUUAAAACAAGCAGUUGAUGAAAAGGAUAAAUCUUUCAACUUAAUAAUGAAUAUGUUGGCAACUCGAGCUAUGUGCAAAGCACAGUACAUUUCCACAGGGUCUACAGAAGAUUAUUUUCAUUAUGGGCUUGGUUUGGAUAGAUACACUCACUUUACAUCACCAAUUCGUAGAUAUGCUGAUGUCAUUGUUCAUAGGUUAUUACUAAGUUUAAUUGAUAAAUCAUCAGAUGACAUACCUACUAACACAUAUUUAAAUUCACUCUGUGAAUACAUAAAUGAAAAACAUAGAGCAGCUCAAUUUAUUGGAAGAGAAUCUGUAAAGCUAUUUCAAAUGUUAUAUUUUAAAGACAAAAAACCAGAUGAUCCCGAAUGCAUUGUCGAUGCCGUGGUAUAUUCAAUUCGAAGUAAUGGCAUUUUAAUAUUCAUACCAAAAUAUGGAAUUAAAGGGCUUUGUCAGUUAAGAAAAGAUGACACUGUUGCUGUGAUAACCAGUAAUGGACUUGAAUGGCUUCCUGGGCUGACUGACUCGACAGAAACUAAAUUUGAAGUUCUUUCAGAUGAUUAUUAUUGGUCAUAUAAACUCUUUGAACACAUUACAGUGUGUAUAAAAGUUCAAGGAUCAAAGAGUCACGCUUCAAAAUUCACAUUUGAUCUCAUAUGCAACAUGCCAUUAGUCACUUCAAAGAAUGAAGUUGAUUGUAAAAUGGACUCAGAGGAAGAAAUAGAUUUAAUGGAAGAUGAUGUCAAAGAAGAAACAAAUACAUUAGAUGAAAAUCACAGUAUUAAAUCAUCACUGUAUGAAAUGUUUGAACUGCUGCGUUUUCAAUCAUUGCUAUAGUAAACAUAUUUUCAUACAAAACUUUAUCAUGUGAAAUGGAAUGUUUUUAAAGUAUUUAUAUUCAAAAUAAUUGGAAGUAAUACACAGGAUGUUCUGAAAACAUUUACAUUGGAAAGUAUAAGAAUAAAGCUCAAAUAUAUUUAUAUCCAUUUAAAAAUAUAUUUUAAAUGCUUGUAAUAACUUAAAUAUUUUUAUGAAUUUUAUGAUUAAAGAAAAAAGUCUUUUGCUGUAAUUUAAUUACUCGUCAUUAUCAUUACAACUUUAUGUUAAGUUUAUGAUAUUUGAAUAUAAUUUUUAUAUUAUUCUAAUGCACAUAUUUCAGAAAUAUCCUGUAUAUAAUCAUUACAUCAUUUACUCAUAAUGUUUUCAGACAUGAAAAAUCUUUUCUUUUAAUAUCAACUAACAACAAACAGUUAUAACAUUUUAAAAUAAUUUGAUUUUCAAUAAAAGACGGCAGCUUUUUCUAAUAAAUUUAGUUUAUUGUUUUAGAAAUUGGCUUUUAAUUAUUUAAUGACUUCACUCCUUUAACUCCAUCUUCAGAAUAUAUUAAAUUAACUAUAAAAAUAUGUUUUGAAAUUAUAGUACCUGUAAACAUUUGAAAAUCAAGGUUCUAAAUUCAGAUUUUCAUCUAAUCUGAAUGACUUUAAAUUAAAAAGAGAAAUUUAAUUUGAAUUUAAAAGUUUUCUGCUAUUUAAACAGUUCUAAUUAUCAUAUGCAGAUUCUUUUGUAAACAGGAUCACCAAGAGAGAGACUGGAUCCUGGUUCAGCAUUCUGUUUGGCUCUUAUUAUAAAAUAACUUUUUAUAUUUAGAUAAUAGAAAUCAGGUUUAUGUUAUCUAAAAGUUAAGUAAAAUUCUGAAAAUCUGCAGAUACAGGUAUUUAUUAUUUUUUAUGGGUUCUUUGGGCCCACAUAAUUUCUACUCGCUGCCUCUUUCUCUUACAGGCUCUGCUUAUAAUGAAUCUUAUAUAGUGUAAAGAUGGAACUAGAACUGAGAAAACAAUAAAUGAAAUUUAAAAUUUUUAAAAAUUACUUUUACUAAUUUAUCAGGGAAGAGUAAUAAGAAGAAUAUAAAGUAGUCUUCUUAUUGUAGACUUUAUAUUAUAGUUAGAAUUCAUGUUACAUACAUAUGAUUUCAAAGGAAAUUAAUUGAGUUAUUCCUGUAUUUUUAUAUAAAUGUGACUUCAUUUAAUUUUUGAAACUUUGUUUAUAGAAUAUUGAUAAACAUUCAUUGUAAAUAACAUAUUUUAUGUGUUUUUAUUGUAAAUAAAUUUUAUUAUUUGGU